AUGGAAAUUCGGAGACGAGGCCCACCUGAUGAAUCCAAAGAAGGACAAAAUCAGAAUCGUCCACUGCCAUGCCACCUUCUUUUAACAUUUCGCCCACCAUACUUUCGACGUUGUAAACAACAACUACAACUACACUUAUGUGGUAUGAUAGAUAUCCUUUCGGUGUAUAGCUGCUAUGUCACCCGAAGGAAGUACGAGGACUGGGAUACUGCCAGGUUGUCCAAGCCUAGACAAAGGAAGUCGAGAGGCAAAGGUCAGGUUCGAAACACGGACCAUCCGGUCAAUGUAACACCCUUUCGGUGCCUAGCCGCCAUGUCACUCGAAGGAAGCACAAGGGCUGGGAUACUGCCAGGUUGCCCAAGCCUAGACAGGGGAUGUCGAGAGGCAGAUCUUAGGCUCGAACAACGGGCCUUCUGGCCACUGUACACUAGUGUAGCAUCGGUCCUACUCUCUUGCACUCCGAAUUGCUGUACGGACCGAAAACCUGGCAGCUGCGCGCCGAGGACGUCAAAGGACUUUCAGUGUUUGACCAUCUAUGUCUUCGGAGCAUUGCCAAAAUCUGUUGGGAACAUCGGAUCAGCAAUGCUGAAUUUCGGGAGAAAUAAUUCAUCCUCGACAGAUGAACUGAUCACACCGCAUGGGUUAACGCUGGGUUGGCCAUGGGCUCUUUUCGCACAACCACGUGAAGGAUGGAAGAGCUAUAGGCGUCAAACAGUGACUUGGCACGGAAGUAUAGAAGCCAGCAAACUCAGCUGCGCUGGUCAUUGCCGUCUUCCUGGAUGGGGACCCCGAGACCGGCCACACCAGUGGUUAGGGACAUUGUCAGACAUGGCCCAGUCGCGUCCUCAAUGCCUUCAAUGCAUAGAUCCCUUCACGAUUCACCCACUUGACAGUUCUGUAUUUACGCGCGAAUUUAUGAGCUCCCGCCUCUCAUGCGCAGCUGUUUAUCCCACCUCCCCGAAUCAUCCGUGA